GAAUUAUCCAAUGAAGAAAUUUCACGCAUUUUUAAUCUUCUCUACAUGCAAUAUGUUUGUUUCGAUGUGCGGAUCUCUUAUUACUCCCUUCUUUCCCCCUUACGCUGAUAAAAAAGGAAUAUCCUAGACCACUUUGGGAUUGAUAAUAGCUGCUGGUCCCUUAGGUGGAUUAUUGGCUUCAAUUAUAAUUGCUAAAACUUUGAAUCACGUAAAAUUUUAUAUCUUAUUUCUAGAGAAACAGAAACAAAUACAUAUUAAUAGGGGUGUUGGGGGAACCUCUAAGUUUACUGUUUUUUUCCUUGACUGACCUUUUUGAAGAUAAAGUUCCAAUCAUCAUAAUCGCUUCUAUAGGGAGAUUUAUAGGAGGAAUAGUAUUUAAAAUAUAUAAUAUAAAGGGAACAUCCUUAUUUUUGACACCUUUCUUUGGGUAUAUUCCAAUUUUAUACCCCAAAGAUGUUGAAAAAAAAGUGAGCAUUAGUGAAGCAUUUAGUAGCGUAGGAUUUUUUGCUGGGCCUGCAUUGGGAUCUGCUCUGUAUGCUUUGGGAGGUUACUUGACUCCAUUCCUAGUAUUUAGUUCGUUUGGAUUCCUCUCAUUGCCCUUUUUAUAUGCAGCAUUGUAAUCUGUGGGGCCAAAAAAAUAUUAAGUGGAAGUAUAAAGAUAGAUUGCGGAGAUCGAAGAGACAAAGAAAUUGACAGAAAUUUAACAAACUCUUUUGGCAACUCAACAAUUAGAUGGGGAACAACGAUUAACUUUCCUUUCUUUGGUUCAACAUUAUCCGGUUGUUGUUAUUUUUUGGGUUAUAACCCUAGUAAACAUUUGUAUGACGUACUUCCAACCAAUCUUAUCAAUCUACUUUACAAAACAAUACGAUUUUGACGAGGGCUAAAUAGGGUUUAUCAUGACGAUAGUAUCUUUGGCUUACACUUUAGGAUGUUAUCUUUGUGGAUAUAAUAAAAACUAUAAAAGAGAAGUAAUUUAAAAUUGUUAUAAUAUUAUAGAUGGCUUGCAUUUGUUUGUUUUUCUUUGGUUGUGCCUAUUUCUUGGCUGGUCCUGACACUGAACUAAUUCAAGUUCCCCACAAACUGUGGAUUGCUUUAAUGGCAUAGUUUUUAUUGGGAGUUUUGAGUGGUCCUGCUUAUGUUCCUUCUCUGCCUGUGUUGAAUGAGUUCUUGUUGUUCCAUUAUCCAAUUCAGACCAUCAGAGUGGCCACCUAUUCUUCUGCUUUGUAAAUAUAGGGAAUUAAUUUCAUUUUAGAUUGACAAGUGGAAUGUUUAUUGGUCAAUUAACUGGACCCAUAGUUGCAGGCAUUUUGGGGGAUGAAUAUGGAUUUGAACGAGCUUGCAGUAUUUUGGGAGUCAUCAUAAUUGUCACAUCGUUUAUCUAUGUUCCAAUCAUAUUUAUGAAGUCUAAAAAAGAAAAUAAAUAAGCAUUAUUAUCAUGA